AUGUCCGACAGAUCUUCAAAAUUUAGCCAUCUGCCUCGUGCAGCCUCGGGGCCGUUGGAGUGUCCAUACGAGGGAGCGAGUGUCAUGCUUAAUUCUACUUUUAACAAGGGCUCUGCUUUCACCGAUGAGGAGAGAAAGAGUUUCAAGUUGCAUGGACUGGUACCGCCGAAUGUGCAGACGCUCGACGAUCAAGUCCGACGUGCAUACGAACAGUAUAGCAGUCGUGCAGAUGAUCUGGCCAAGAACACUUUCAUGGCAAGCAUGAAGGCGCAAAAUGACGUAUUGUAUUACAAGCUGUUACAAACUCACCUGAAAGAGAUGUUCAGCGUCAUCUAUACCCCAACCGAAGGUGACGCCAUCCAAAAUUACUCCCGGUUGUUCAGGCGGCCAGAGGGCUGCUUUCUGAACAUCAAUGAUCAAGACUCCAUUGAAGAAUGUCUCUCCAACUUUGGCCGCCGUGAGGAGGUCGACUACAUUGUUGUCAGCGAUGGCGAAGAGAUCCUAGGCAUUGGUGAUCAAGGGGUUGGUGCUAUCUUGAUCUCCGUUGCCAAAUUGGUGAUCACAACCCUAUGUGCGGGAAUCCAUCCAAUGCGGCAGCUCCCAGUAGUGCUGGACUGUGGCACAGAUAACCAAGACUUGCUGAACGAUGAGCUUUAUCUCGGCCUUCGACAACCCCGAGCCAGAGGCCAGGAGUACGACGAGUUUGUGAAUAAGUUUAUGAAAGCAGCGAGAAAGCUGUUUCCCAAAGCAUACAUCCAUUUCGAGGAUUUCGGCCUCCACAAUGCAAAAAGACUGCUUGAUGAGUUUCGACCUCACAUGGCCUGCUUCAACGAUGAUAUCCAAGGCACUGGGUGUGUGACUCUAGCAGCAUUAAUGGCUGCACUCCACGUCAGCGAUGUCAAAUUAAAAGACGCGCGAAUUAUCAUCUUUGGCGCUGGUUCAGCGGGCACUGGUAUUGCUCAACAGAUUGCCGACACAAUCGAGACCGAGGCUCAUAAAUCGAAGGAAGAAGCAGCAAAGCAAAUUUGGUGCCUAGAUAAGCCAGGCUUAUUAGUCAAAUCUCUAGGAGAUGAGCUAACACCAGCUCAAACACCUUUCGCGCGAGAUGACGCUGAAUGGCCUGAAGGGGAAAGAGACCUGCUGUCCGUAGUGAAGAAAGCCAAGCCGCAUAUAUUGAUCGGAACAUCAACAAAGCCGAAGGCUUUUACGGAGGAAAUCAUAAGGGAAAUGGCCAAGCAUGUCGACAAACCAAUCAUAUUCCCACUCAGCAACCCUACUCGGCUGCACGAGGCCCAACCCAACGAUAUCAAUAAGUGGACGGAUGGACGGGCGUUGAUAGCCACCGGAAGCCCGUUCCCCCCGGUUGAUCGCAACGGUACAAAGUAUGAAAUUGCGGAAUGUAAUAAUUCCACUUGCUUCCCGGGAAUAGGACUUGGAACGGUUUUGUCUCGGGCACGCGUGCUGUCAGACAAGAUGCUGGUAGCAGCUAUCAAAGCGCUCGCUGCUCAAUCACCUGCGCUCCAGGAUCCAAAUCUGCCUCUUCUGCCCGAUGUCGAGGAUGUGCGGGAAAUCAGCGUCGACAUCGCCAAGGCAGUGAUCAGGACGGCAGUGGAAGAAGGGCAUGCACAGGAAGAAGGUAUACCCACCGACGAAGACGAUCUGGAGGAGUGGAUUCGAAUACAGAUGUGGGAUCCAGUGUAUCGACCCCUGGUGAAGCCAAAGAACGAGUGA